UGUUCUGUUUGUUCCAGACAUCUAAUUGGAUUUCUUGCCUCCGCCAUGGGCAGCAAGACUCUGGCAGCUCCAGUCCCUCUCCACCCAUCUCUCCAGCUGGCGAAUUAUUCCCUUCUCCAGAGCUCCACAGGCCUUCAGCUGCCAACGGAUCCCUUGCACAGCAUCUACAGCUUCAGUGCCUUGCAUGCCAUUCAGCUUCACCAAUGGACCCCGGGCUACCUGCCGGUGGCCUUGCCUCGGUGCACUCUUUCAAAACUACCUAUCCAAUUCUCUUCGAUGGCCUCCAUCCCGAUCUUCCCUCAUCACCCGCAGCCCAAGCAGGUUUCAGUGGCUCAGAUGCAGAGCUCAAAGGAUAAACCUCGCUUUGACUUUGCCAACCUGGCCACAGCAGCCACCCAAGAGGAUCAUCUGAAGGCGGAAGACCUGAGCAUGUCAGGUGUUGCUGCUGCCGCUGCUGCCGGCGCUUCGUCUCACCAUUCUGAGUCAACCGGCCUCGGGUGCCUCCUGGAUGUGGCCAAGCUCUCCUACCCUGAGCGCAAAUCCAGUCGUGGCCGGUUGCCCUCAAAGACCAAAAAAGAAUUUGUCUGCAAAUUCUGUGGCCGCCAUUUUACAAAAUCCUACAAUCUGUUAAUCCACGAGAGGACGCACACAGAUGAGAGGCCGUACACUUGUGAUAUCUGCCAUAAAGCCUUCAGAAGGCAGGACCACCUACGAGAUCACAGGUACAUUCAUUCCAAAGAAAAGCCCUUCAAGUGUCAAGAGUGUGGGAAAGGCUUCUGUCAAUCCAGGACACUGGCUGUGCACAAAACAUUACACAUGCAAGUCAAGGAACUGAAGCCAGCCAAGAUGAAAUGAAUAUGUUUUCUUCAAGGGAAGGGACGGGGACACUGGAUAUAUCCAGUUCAGUAUGACCAAAUACGAUAAUCAACCAGACUUAAAAAAAAAAAUCUCAGUUAUUGGUAGGAAAACCUCCAAUUUCUUCCACUUAUGUGGGAACGCUGCUCAAGGAUUAACAUUUUCACCCGCAUUUUUUUUUUUUACAAGAUGCAGAAAUAAGCCUUUGUGAAGAAGUGCAUGGCUAGUUAGUAAAGUUGUAUUGACAAAGACUCCAAUGGAUAUGUGGAAUGUGAAAUCACAAUAACAAUUAAAAACAAACACAAUUAAAAAAAAAAAAAAAAAAACUAUGGCUGCUCAUUCCAAAUAGGGCUUGCAGAAAACUGUAUUCCAAAGACAAGGUCCAAAAAAUAUUCUACAAGGAGGAUAAAAGCCAUUUUAGCACGUUUCCUCCAUUUCAUUGUAACAUUCCAAUGUUAUUUUUGUACGGAUGCAUUACAGUAUAUAAGAAAUGUAUUUUUGCACUUUAACCUGAUUAUUGAUUUUUUUUUCCUGUAUAUCACUGGAUAUUAUUUUUCCAACAAGUAAUCAUUUUUGAAUAAAAUGUUUCCUGUAAA